CGGGGGCAUCUGGCGGGACCACCGGGCAACACCCCGGGCGGGCGCGGCGUGGGGGAAGCCGGGCUUUGCUCACCGGUCCUCCCGCCCCGCCACCGGUGGUUCCCCUCGGGGGAAAGCGGCGCCGCGCGGGACGUGGCGGGGAGACCGCUCUGCCUUUGCCGCUGCCUGCCGGGCGCGCGGGCGGGCGCUUCGAAGCAUCACAGCGCCGCAGCCUCAGCGCCGCGCCAGUCUGGGACGCGGCAGGAGGGUGGGCUACCUGCCCCUCUCCGGCGCGGUCGCUCCGCUGCGUCUUCAGCCAGGGAAGGGUCGCCUCGGAGCUGCCAGGGGUCUCCCGGGGCGGGGGAAGCUGCGCGCCUGCCUCUUGCCCCCCUCCCCCUCGCAGGGCCAGCUCCGCCAUGUGUCUGCUCAGCCCCCCACUCCCUCUCCUCCUGCUGCUCUCCUGGCUGGGCCCAGCGGCUGCCACAGCUGUGCCAGGCUGCAAGAUCAGGAUCACCGCCAAGGGCUUGGAGCUGGUGAAGCAGGAGGGGCUGCGCUUCGUGGAGCAGGAGCUGGAGAACCUCACCCUGGGCGACCUGCACGGCAAAGAGGGCCAGUUCCACUACAACAUCAGCAACGUGAGGGUGACCCAGCUCCAGCUGGCCCUCUCGGACCUCCACUUCCAGCCCCGGCGGCAUCUGGUCUUCAGCAUCAACAACGCCUCCAUCAGCCUGCGCUUCCGCCGCCAGCUCCUCUACUGGUUCUUCUAUGACGUGGGCUCCAUCAACACUACCGCGGAGGGCGUCCACAUCCACACGGUGCUGGCGCUGGCGAAGGACGCCGCGGGGCGCCUCAAGAUCUCCAACAUCAGCUGCAACGCCUCCAUCGCUCGCAUGCACGCAGGAUUCAGCGGCACGCUCAGAAAGGUGUAUCAGUUCCUGGCCACCUUUAUCACCACAGGGAUGCGCUACCUGCUCAACCAGCAGAUCUGCCCUGUGCUGGACCACGCGGGGCUGGUGCUACUGAACAAUGUCCUGGACACCGUGCCGGUGCGCAGCCCGGUGGACGAGCACAUCGGGAUCGACUACGCCCUGCUGAAUGACCCGCUGGUCACUGCGGACACCCUGGACAUGAACUUCAAGGGCAUGUUCUUCCCCUUGCGCGGCGGCGGGAACGAGACGCUGCUGCCCGGCGGCCCGGCUGUGGAGCCCUUCGCCAACGAGACGGCGCGCAUGGUCUACCUGGCCGUCUCGGAGAACUUCUUCGACUCGGCCCUCUUCGCCUACCACCAGGCCGGCAUGCUGAGCUUGGAGCUGGCUGGGGCGAAGGUGCCCAAGGACUUGGAAGUGUUACUGAGAGCCACCUUAUUUGGGAACAUCAUCAUGACGAGGCCGGCUGUGGCGGAUGCGCCUCUGCUGCUGAAGUUCCAGGUGACCGCCCCGCCCCGCUGCACCAUCAAGCCCUCGGGCACCUCGGUGGCCGUCAGUGCCACCCUCGACAUCUUCUUGGCCCCGCUGGAGGAGCCCCCCGUUCAGCUGUCCAGCAUGACCGUGGAAAGUCGCCUGAGUGCAAAGGUAGCCCUGCAGAAGAAGGCUCUGCAGAUGCAGCUGGACCUGAGAAGGUUCCGGAUCUACUCCAACCAGUCCGUGCUGGAAUCUCUGGCGCUAAUUCCACUGCAGACCCCUCUGAAGACGCUGCUCCAGCUGACCAUCAUGCCGCUCAUCAAUGAGAGGACCAAGAAAGGUGUCCAGAUUCCCCUCCCAGAAGGCAUGGACUUCCUGAAGGAAGUAGUCACCAACCACAUGGGCUACCUGACCAUAGGCGCCGAUCUCCACUUCUCCAAAGGCCUGAGAGAGGUGAUCGAGAAAUACCGCACAGGCCCUGCCCCUUGGCCAACCUCUGUGGCUGCUUGAGGGGCUCCAGCGCUGCCCCCCUUCCUGCCCCCUCCCGCUGAAGGGCAGUGCCUGCCAGCCGCUCUGCCCUCACAGCUCAUGCCUGGCGUAAGCCAGCCCCACCGGCAACUAAUAAACAGGGUGAGACCUCA